AAUGGGGUGUUAAUAUUUCAGAGUAAAGUUAUUUUAACCCAGAUAGAGUAUUUUCAACAUUUUUGAGAGUAAAGUUGCUCUAUCAGUGGAGUUAAAAGUGAGUGUAAAAAUCUGCAGAUACGCAGUGACAAUUUCAACUCUACAGCAGUGAUGAAUACCCGCCACUCUGCUUUGCUGAAGUUUGGCACGUACGUUGGUGGAGGAAGAUUGCGAAGGAGUAGCUAGGCCACAGAUAUUGCUAGAGGCAAAAUGCUGUUGCGUGUUCAGCUCGGGGAAGAGCAGAAAUACGUCAAGCUGUCUGAGCUGACAUUCAAUGCUUUCUUGAAAGAAGUGUGUCUAAAAUUCAACAUACCAGAAAGCAGAAAGCCAGACAUUAAGGUGUAUGACCAGUCUGACACAGAAGUUGACUCAGAUGUUUUUGAAGAAUUAGUAAAGGAGUCACCUGGAACUUUCAGAAUCAUGCUGGGCAAUGGACUUGAUACCUCUCAUUCAUCAUCAUGCUCGGGUACAUCUGAUGACACCAUCAUUCUGAAUUUCACUGUGUGUGACGAUGUUGAAGAAGUAGCGGCUGGUGAAGGAAGCCAGCCUAAAAGGCCAUGCCACAUAAACUAUGAGGCAAAAGCACUGAUUGAAAAAAUCCUAACAUCAAAGCCUGGUGGUGAACGCAUUAUGCAAGAGUAUGGAAAAACCAAAUCUCUGACAGAUGCCACCAGAAGACAGAUGAUCAACAUACUUGCUGCUGAGAUGACAGAAACACAUGGGACAUCCCCCCAAAAGUUUGGUGGGCCAGGCCGUGAUCGUCAGCCCUUCACCUAUGACAGAGAGCCAUCUGAUGAGGAUGUGGAAGCAGCUAUUGCUGUUUUGAGACACUCUGCUGAUGAAAACACUGUCCGUGAGAAGAUGAAAAUGACCUUCAUAUAUCGGCAAGCAAUGGUCAACGAUGAAGCCAAAUCAUCAGAUGUCUUCUCGGUCUUCCCAAGAUUUCUGGACACACCAGGACUGGUAUGA